AUGGCCCCAUAUGAAGCCUUGUAUGGCCGCAAGUGUCGUAGUCCUCUUUGUUGGAGUGAUAUUGGUGAAUCUUGUGUUCUUGGCCCUGAAAUGAUCCAAGAUACUAUAGAACAAGUAAAACUGAUACAACAGAAAAUGAAAGCGGCACAAGAUAGACAGAAAAGUUAUGCUUAUAAAUACAGACGACAUGCAGAGUUUGAAGUCGGUGAGAAAGUACUCUUGAAAGUUUCUCCUAUAAAGGGAGUAAUGCGAUUCGGGAUGAAGGGAAAGUUAAGCCCUAAAUUCAUCGGACCGUAUAAGAUCCUAGAAAGGAUAGGUGAAGUUGCCUAUAGAUUGACAUUACCUCUAGAGAUAGCUCGAGUUCACAACGUUUUCCAUAUUUCUCAACUUCGUCGUUACAUUAGUGACCCCUCACAUGUACUCACACCUGAUGAAUUGCAACUAGAAGAUAACCUUUCAUAUGUUGAGGUCCCUAUGAAAAUUCUUGAUAGUAAAGUUCGAGCAACUCGGAAUGGAGAAGUUAAACUGGUGAAAGUAUUGUGGUCGAACCACAAGGACGAUGAACUUAGUUGGAAAUCCGAGGAUGCGAUGCGAGCUCAAUAUCCCCACCUAUUUCAAUAG